AUUAAUAAUAUUUCUCAUUUCAAUAAAUAUCUCAGAUGUCUAAUCAGAUGAAAAUUUAACUAAUCAGAAGGAAAUAAUUAUGAAGCUAUUUGCACGUCCGAAAAACUUGGCCGAGACGAUGGCACCAGUGAUAACUCUGAACCGUUUAAUGGGACUUCAUGCUUUUGAAUAUCCUCGUGGUCAGCCAAGACCUAUGCUCAGCCUAAUUUAUCUUCUGUUUCUAUAUUGUUUGUACUAUAGUGGCUCAAUGUAUUUGGAAGACAACUAUUACUCAAACGUCAAUUUAUUGAAACUGGAACACCUUCUGUAUAAACCAUUAGAAACCAUAGUUAUUUAUUUGAUAUUUGUUAAGUUACUGCUAGGUUGGUGGUAUACAAAGAAGUUUGAAACUUGCUGCAGAAAAAUCUUCGAGAUCGACGAAACAUUGCGACAGCUUGGAUCUGCGAUAAAUUAUGAUAAAAUAUAUUUUAUAAUAAUCGGUGUAAUGAUCGUUUGGUUUGUAGUCCACUUGUCUGUGUGCAUUAUGGUAUUUAUUGAAGUAAGGAUGCAAACAGAUGUAUAUAUAACAAUUGGCACUACAGUAGUAUAUUUUUAUGAAUUGGCUGUCAAUUUCAUUAUCAUCUUCGAAUUCAACAUAUUUGUAAGAUGCUUACAAAUGAAAUUUGAAUUGAUUAACAAACUCUUACAUGAAAGUUUGUCAGCAUUAUCAACAAAAAAGCUAAAGUUGGGCUUUUUUGAAAUGAAAGAUUAUGCUAAAAUUAUGAAUAUUGAGCGACAAAUAUGUUCAAUUCCUAUGAAGAUAUUACCUUACUGUCGACAGAAACAGUUACGAAGAGAAUUUCGAAAUCGGUCUCAAAGACACAAUUUCGUAAUGACAGAAGGUCAGAAACAUAUGUAUCUGUUACAAAUAAUCAAACAAGUUCAUCUAGAAUUGUGUAAAGUAUUAAAAACAAUAUGUAUAAUCUUCGGCAUACAGAUAGCUUGCGAACUAGGAAUAACUAUUAUAUUUCUCACUGUAUCUCUCUACAAUUUGUACAUUCGAUAUAUUGGACAACAGAUAAUGACAUACAAUUUAAUGCAGCGAACAGUUAUAAUAAUUCUAAUAAGUGUUCUUGAUAUUUUGAAAAUUACAUUUUUAAGUCGCGUUUGCAAAGAUGCAGCCGAUGAGGGGAAUAAAACUGUCGAGAUUAUUUAUUCGAUUUACGGAUGCGAUAUAGAAUCUUAUAUGCAAGAAGAGAUUCAACAAUUUGGUAUUCAAAUAUUACAAAGUCCGGUGAGAUUUUCUGCGUAUGGUAUUUCUUUGGAUAAUCAAGUUUUUACUAAAAUGCUGGAAAUUUUAACAACCUACUUAGUUAUCAUGAUACAAAUGUUUUAUAAAUCGUUAACUUACGAAUUAUGGAAAAUCGAGCACAAAAGUAUAGUGGAAAAGUGAUUGUCACAACACAGUUUGACACGCUAUCUGUGUAGAUUGACUUAUAUACCUAUAUUAGUCAAGUAUAACACACUGCAUAAAAUGAUUAAAUGGAUAGAUUAAUCUCAUGUAAAUAUCAGGUAAAGAAAAAAAUAAAAAUAUACUAUAUGCACUAAGACGUGAAGAAUACAUAAAUUAUCAA